AUGGGUAUUAGCGUAGCGGAGGGAAGCAACGCGGGAGUUAGCCAUGCUGCGCCGAGGUGCGAAAGAUGCGGAGGUCUCUUUUGCAUGAAGUGAGUGCGAGACUCGUGCAUGUAUGCGGUGAGAGUUCGCUGUCGAUGUGCUCCCUCACCACCCCCCCUCUUUGAUCUUUCCUUCGCAUGACUCCGAAGACAUCGAUCGGCCACCUCUCACAAGUGCACAGUACCAGCUCCAAUCACUGAAGGAAAUGCGCGCCUGCAAGCAGCGGAAGAACGCAAAAGAAGAGCGCAAGAAAUGUUGGCCAAGAACUUCCCAGGUCGGUCGACUGGUGCAAGUGUCAAGAGCGGCGGGCCGGCAUUCAAGACACAGGUCGCAGUGGUGGCAUCAGAAGGAGUGCCGAUGGGCAAAGAUGUGCCGUCAUCAAGCCUCUCUGGGGGCUCGCAAGCAAGUUCUGGAAAGGACGUCAGUGAGGAGCAGUCGCAGUCUCUCGAAGCGGGUAUCACGCCGACGGAGCCUGGAGAAGACCGUGCACACUCUCCUGAGAGAUAA